GUUAUCAUAAUUGCAAUUAAAAAGCACUCUCUUUUCAUAGUUUGAAAAUUUGGCUGGUCUGUUUCGAGGUACAUGACUACUUCAAAGGCGCUGGCAGACAGGGAGACGUGAUAUGUGCUAUAGAGUUACGUGAGAGAGAAAGAAGGAGCUCUCCAUCAUGCGCCUCACUUGGAAAAUCAGACGAAAGCUACUACGCCUUGUGGCUGCCGGGACUCUUUUAUCAGCAGUAGCUCUCCUGGCCCUGUAUGCUAGCUCUGAAGCUAGUCCCAAGGCUAUAUCAGAGACUAAGAGAAGACAGCAUAGCAGUUUCAUGUUCCCGGAAGACCUUCAUUAUUCGCAUAAAGGCUCUAGGAUCACUGCCAAGUGCACAAUGGCUACCUGCUUUAAUGUAUCAAGGUGCAUAGACUCUUUUAAGGUAUAUGUGUACCCAUUUGAAGAGGAGAAGAAGGGAGGGAGGGGAGGAGGAAAACAAGCGGCCUCGUCCAUUUACAAGAAGAUGGUAAGAGUUCUUCGUGAUAGCCCUUACUACACCAGCGACCCAAACACAGCCUGUCUACUGGUCCUUAACAUUGAUACCCUCGACCGAGAUCCUCUCAGUAAUGACUACGUUAAACGCUUACCUGAGAAACUCAAGGCGCUACGGACUUGGAAUAACGGUCGGAACCACAUCCUCUUCAACAUGUACUCUGGCUCGUUUCCUGACUACAAUGAUCAGUUGGACUUUGAUCACGGCGAAGCUAUCAUAGCCAAAGCCUCAUUUGCUCUAGAGAACUAUCGGACUGGAUUCGAUAUCAGCCUUCCACUGAUACAUAAACUGCACAGUGAGAAAGGAAAGUUUACUGGAGGUGUGUCAGCUCAUGGAAACCUAUUCCCGAUACGUCGAAAGUACCUGUUGAUCUUUAAAGGGAAGAGGUACCUUUGGGGGCUGGGCUCUGCAACUCGUAACGCGAUCUAUCACCUUGACAACGGGGACGACGUGAUUAUGUUGACGACUUGUAAGCACGGGAAAUUCUGGAGUCGAUACAGAGAUGAGAAGUGCAAAAAAGAUAAUAUCUUCUUUGAAAAGUACAAUUAUAAUCAUUUGAUUUCAAAUUCAACGUUUUGUCUAGUGCCUCGAGGUAGGCGACUUGGUUCUUUUCGAUUCCUUGAGUCCCUUCAUGCUGGCUGCAUACCAGUCUCAUUGAGCAAUGGACUAGUACUACCUUUUCAUGAGCUGAUAGACUGGUCCAAAGCUUUGUUUGUAUUUGAUGAGAGGCAACUCUUCCAGGUCCCUCACAUGCUCCGUCACAUUCCUGAGGAUAAGAUACUCUCCAUGAGGCUCCAUACCCAGUUUUAUUGGGAGCAGUACUUUAGCUCAGUGGAUGCCAUAAUGCAUACGACACUAGAGAUAGUGAAACAGAGGAUUAGUCAGUUUCAAAAUGGCGUCGUAGCAACAGCGAGCAAUGCUCAUUUCUUGUGGAAUCAUUAUCCCGGUGGGCUUGUCAUUAGUUCAGACUACUCUGAAAAAUUGGAGGAUUAUCCCUUUUUUAUAAAACGUCAACAGGGCCCUCCUAGUGGAUACACUGCUGUUGUCAUGGCAACUAAACCUGCCUCCAAAGGGAACUCACCAUUGGUCUUGCUCCUUAAGAACCUUUGCAACUCAACACACGCAAGGAAGAUAGUAGUAUCUUGGAUAGGCUCGGGGAAUCCUAAAGUUAUGGUUCCUCCAUUUUGUCGCCCAUCAAUCAAAGUAAUAGACGCAAGGAAAGAUAAAAAGCUCAUGAUAAAUGUCAUGAUACCAUAUAUGGAAAUAAGAACUGAUGCCAUUCUCUCCUUAUGGGAAGACACUGAACUGAUCACUGAAGAAGUUGAUUUUGGUUAUUUAACCUGGUUGUCCAAUCCAGAGAGGUUGGUUGGUUUUGUUGGCAGGCGUCAUUUUUGGUCUCCUAAUCAAGGCCAGUGGAUCUGUUCCUCUGGCCUCAACAACAGAUACUCACUGGUCUCUCUUGGAGCUAGCUUCUACCACAAAUAUUAUGCUCACCACGUCUGGCACCACAAGCUCUCAUCAUCAGCGAGGAAGAUACUAGACAGUUCAAAGGACUGCUUCAGCAUUGGACUCAACUUCGUUAUAUCUCACAUGACAGGGAGUCCCCCACUCAAAGUGACCCAGCGUGUGUCCCUCAACUACUUCACCUCUAAGGAAAGGACAGAGGUUGUCAUGUCUUGCGUCUCUUGUAUUAAUUCACUCACGAUUUCAUUUGGAUACAUCCCAUUGAAGUAUUCGUGGAGUCGUGCCGAUCCUGUUCUAUUUAGAGACAAUGUUGCUGCCCACAGGAAAGAGUUUCGUAGGAUUGAAAAUGUGACGUGAUUUAUAAAACUGGUUUUGCAAUUUUUUAUAUUAUUUUUAUAUUGUGUUAUAUUAUACAACCACCAUACUUUACUACCAAUCAGUUUCUAUGAUUAAUUU